CCUGCCGUAGUGCGUCAUGGCGUAAGCAGCAACUCCUCCAUACGCAUCUACAGAGCAGCAUGGUAAAGUUGCUCCAGAACUGGCUGUUUUCGCUAAGCAUUUAAAACGGGAGCACUGUUUCAAGAUAAACAAAAAUGUACAGUGUUCAGCAGAAGAAACGCUGAGCAGUGUUUGUGUUCAUCUCGGAAGCUGCGCUUCGCUCUGCGUUUUCACUGCUGAGAACCUUAACAGUGAAUCAACAGCUGCCAUGACUCAAGAAACACAGUUCCACCUUAAUCGUCAAGACUGGAGUGAGAUCUCUGCUGACACUUUCCAGAGUAGCCCGUUCAGCAUUGACACACCAUAUGGGUACCAGCUUGACUUAGACUUUGUUAAAUACGUGGAUGAUAUUGAGCGAAGUGACACCAUUCGCCGACUGCAUUUUAACAAGCGGACAGGGGUGGCAAAUGCUGCCUCUGAGCCGCAACGCCUCAUAAACCCCACACACUGGACUUCCUCAGAUUCUUUGUCCUCGGUGAGCAGUGAUGAAGCCAAGAAAACUUCUCCGUCUUCAUCCUCUUCCUCUAUCAACAGAAGAAGACCCCCACUUCCCCAUUCCAAACCUAAAUCCUCCAGCCAAAGACCAGAGGUCCCUCAAGACCUAGUUACCUCUCAAAGGGAUGUACACGGGACGCCUAACCCAACCAAAUCAAAUCCUCUUGUGGAAAAGACUUUGAUGGAAACAUGCAAGCGUUUGGAGCAUGAGAAAGCACCUCCAGAACCACAGCCGCGCCGUAGACUGGCAAGUUUUGGUGGUGUUGGCUCAACUGGUACCAUGUCUCCAUACACAAGCUGGAGUGCCCUAAAUCAAGGUGCUAAGAUGACAGUCCUAGACCAGCCCAAGCAAGGAACCUUGUCAUUGGGGAGCGCCCUCAAAAUCAGCCCCUCAAGCUCUGGCCGGGCAUCUCCAGUGAGUGGUGUGAGCCCACUCCACCUGCAGAUGGUCAGAGAUCAGAUGGCAGCUGCGUUACGAAGAUUGAAAGACCUGGAGGAGCAAGUGAAGGCCAUUCCGGUCCUCCAGGUGAAGAUUUCUGUCUUGCAGGAAGAAAAGAGACAACUGACUGCCUUGGUCAAAAGCCAAGAUGAAGCUCAAAAAGAAUUGAACAGCAAACCAGCGAUGGAGGGUUGGGAGCACGGUGCCAUCUCUGGUCUGACGGAUUUUCAACAGCUCAGUGUUGAAAUGCAACUGCUUGAAAAAAAGAUCCAAGAAGCACGUCUUGAAUCCUCAGCUUUCAAGAUGAGGGAUCGAAAGUCUGUUGCAGUUGGGGAUGACAGAUGCAUCGAUGAAGACAUUCAUCAACACAAAUUAAACUUUAGUAAGGAUGUUGCUGUUGAAGCCAAACUUGAGACUCAGUCAGUGGCAGUCGGCGUCACAGAGUCUAUGCUCGGGGUGGUAUCCGACAAGGAAGCAGAAACCGAAUUGCAGCAGGAAACCAUCCAACAUUUAAAUGAUUGCGUUCAGAUGCUGGAGGCCGAGCUAAAAGAAUCAAUGCUGAAGGCGGAAAUGGGUAGGCUGAGAAGUGAACUGCGGGAAGCAGAAGCGAGAAACCGUGCUGAUAAGAGUUCCUCCGCACACCCGCAGGUAAACUGCGCUGGCACCCAGACCGGGUUGCAAACUCGCACUCUUGGGGUUGGAAACCAUACCAAUCUUGUGCAUUCUGCUGUUGGAGGAGGACUAGAACGGAUUUCUAUUGGUGUUGGAGUUUCAUGCAAACCUGAGGUGAAGGUUGCAUCGUCUGGCCCGGAUACACCUAUGGAAGAGUGGGAUGUGCGCAAAAGAGUAGAACAAAAAGAUCAGUGUGUUGGAAGCAAUUGUGUGGCAACAUGCAGUAAAGGUGUUGGAGCGACAGUGUGCAUGUGUGAUGCUGCCACAAUUACCUCAGAGACACUGGAGAACAAAAAGAACAUUUACCACCGAACAGUGGGUUGUGGCGACUGCACGGUCGACGUGGAUGUCAGAUCAGUCAAAUCACUCAUUUCCAAAGGAACUAUCACUGAUCCAAUUAGAAGCAUUGACUUGGGAGUGAUGGCAAUCCCUCAGACCGUAUCUCAGCGUACCAGCACAGCCUUUUGCACCGUCUCACGUAGCACCAGCACUUUGCAGGCCUGUAUCUCUGAAGCCAGCACCAACACAAAGCACACACUCACCAGGGAAAGACAUACCAACACAGGACAAACAAUGACCCGAUCUCUGGCGGUUGGAGAUGGGAAGGUGCCUGCUGUUCAGAUGCGCUCUGUUGGAACCACUGCAUGCUUAGAUAGAGGCAUAAGCACCCCUGCUGUUCCUAAAGUUAUGACACGUGACGCAGGAGUUGGAAUGGCAAAUAUUAAUGAGAAUUUUCUCAUUGGACUCCAUACACGCAACUUCGCAUGUGGUCCAUCCCGUCUGCCAGAUCCGGUCAAGACACGUAGCAUUGGUGUAGAAGUGGGGGACGGGAGAAUACGCGACUCAGAGGGCCAGAUGUUUGUGCAGACUGAACCUGGACUUGACCAUUAUAUAGAUCGCAUGCAAAAAUUGCUUAAAGAACAACAGGACCUGUUAACCGACAGUCACCCUGGGUCAAAACAUGAGGUUAUUCUCCAGUCCCAUGGUGUUUUCGAUGAACAAGUUGGAGGCACUGCACAAAACCAUCCAUCAAGAGUUAAAGAAAAGAAUCAAAUGGAGUUGCAGAUGUCCGCUGCUCUUCAUGGCUCACCCAGUGAUGAUCGCUGUCUCAGGUCCAUCAUGAAAAGGAAAAGCUCCAAUCUUAAGUCCACGGAUAGUAUGAACCCUAAGCCUGCCUCAUAUGGAGGUAUUGUGGACCUCCUGCAUGAGGGUGUUGAUUCUGAGGAUGAAGAAAAGAAAAAAAGAGAAAAGAGGGAGAAAGAAGGGAGUACCAAAGAUAAAGUGAAGAUUCCCAAGAGAAAAGAAAGGUACAAAUUUAGUGAGAAGAUGCUUUCCGCCUGCCAAACUCUGGAGGUUCAUCUCAAUGGUAGCAAGCCCAUAUCCAACAGAGAACUGCGUUCCUGUCUGAGCACAGUGCAGCAGGAGUGGUUCUGUGUGUCCAGUCAGAAGAGGGCAUGCCCACAGAUUGUGGAGGACUUUCUCUUCGCCUGUCGCCAUGUCUCGCCAGACGUCCUGUGCUAUGUGGCCAACAUGGCUGACCAAAAUGGCAACACAGCUCUCCACUACAGUGUGUCACACUCUAAUUUCAGCAUAGUAAAGAUUCUACUUGAUGCAGGAAUAUGUAAUGUUGAUCAUCAGAAUAAGGCCGGUUAUACUCCCAUAAUGCUUGCCUCCCUGGCUGCUGUGGAAUCUAAAGAUGACAUGAUGGUGGUGCAAAAACUCUUCAGCAGAGGAGAUGUUAAUGCCAAGGCCAGCCAGGCUGGUCAGACAGCUCUCAUGCUAGCAGUCAGUCAUGGUCGUAUAGAUAUGGUCAGGGCUCUGCUGGCUGCCGGGGCAGAGGUCAACAUCCAGGAUGAUGAGGGGUCAACUGCUCUAAUGUGUGCUGGUGAACACGGCCAUGCUGACAUUGUCAAACUCUUACUGGCCCAGCAAGGCUGCGAUGCCACACUGACUGACAAUGAUGAGAGCACUGCUCUGUCCAUUGCUCUGGAGGCUGGACACAAAGACAUUGCUAUGCUUCUCUAUGCCCAUGUCAACUACUCAAAGGGCCAGCCUAGGGGAUCCCCUCGAAGCAAGACUCCACCUCUUGCACGCCUAAGCUCUUCUGAUUAAUAUGACAUUUUCCCAUACUCUCUUCAUCCAUUCAGACAUCGCAUCUGAACUACCUGUUCAAUCACUGUGAUGAAUAUGGAAGGUUAUGCUUUCCAACAGGUGUAAUAAGAAAGACAGCAGUAGUUUUAAAAAAUGCAGUGCACUCACUGUAGGGAGUACAAGCUGCAUCAUCUGUUUUCUGUAUGUUUGCUAGAUAUAAAAAUACCAGUUAUGCAGACUGACAGUAAUAAAGAGCUAUACUUUAACUCAAAACUAUAUUAUAGGAAACUGCAUGUCAAAACAGUUUUAUAUAUUCAUUUUAGGUAAUAUAUAAAUUAUAUGCAUUUUAGGAUUAUAUACAUUUUAUCACAUUUUCAUGUAAUAUAUAUUACACUAUUUCCAAAAUCUAAAAUCUAAAUUUUAAAAACUCUUAAUAAAAAUUAAAGAAAUGUAAAUGUCAUG